AUGUUAGAAAGUAAGGCAGUUAAUACUCCUCUUGAUAAUAGUGUCAACUUGAGUAAUGUUGAGGGUGAUACUUGGGAUCCGAAGAUUCCUUACCAGGAACUUAUCGGAAGCUUAAAGUACUUAGCUGUAAUGACUCGCCCUGACAUAUCUCAUGCUGUUAGUCUAUUAAGUCAGUAUAAUAACUCUUAUACAAAGUUACAUUGGCAAUAUGUAAAACGUGUACUUAGGUAUUUGAACGGAACUGCAGAUUUUUCCAUGAAAUUUAGUAAAAAUAAUUCAAAAUUAACAGUAUUCACAGAUGCUGACUGGGGAGCAGACAAGAAGGACAGGAAGUCUUUCACAGGCUAUGUAUUCAAACUUUCUGGGGGUUCCGUUUCAUGGAAAAGCUGCAAGCAGCGGACAGUUGCUUUAUCGACAACUGAAGCUGUGUAUAUGGCCUUAAGCGAGGCAGCUAAAGAAGCCAUAUACUUAAGAAAUCUUUUGUUUGAGAUUACAGGAGAAUUCGAUUGCAUUAAUAUAUUUAAUGACAAUCAAAGUGCUCAAAAACUGGCAUGCAAUCCAGAUUUUCAUGAUAGAUCAAAACACAUUGAUAUCAGGUACCAUUUCGUAAUAGAUGCCUUAUAA